ACAAAGGGAGCCAUUGUGCUGAGUCCUGCUCUGUCGCUUCCUCGUCGUGCCCAUCUGGCUCUGGUGAGCCUGCCAUCGAGGCUGGCAGACGCUGGUACCCACCCCAAGGACACAAACCCUUCCCAGAUCUCGGCUGGACCCCGGAGAUCGGACGCUUGGAGACAACCUGUGGAUUCUGGAUUGGAGCUGCUCUCUGGAAGGGCCGGUCCCAGCUGUGCAGAGGGGGGUGUUGUUCCGGACGCUGCCUCGGACCAGGGACUCUGAUCACUCCGGGGUCCAUUCGUGGCUCUGACCCCGCCGGUCCCUUCGGUUACAGGUGCCGGGAUUUUGCCACCUUCAUGCCGGAGUCGCCGAGGGGUUAGAAAGCCAGGAGGACACUCAAAGUUGACACAAUCUCGCCGCCCCCUGAGAAGAUGAAGGCUGCUGGGGUUCUGCUCACCUUGGGGAUCCUAUUUGGAGGCACCCUGGGUGGGCCGUGGAGUGCGUGGAUGCCGCAGACCAUUAUGGCCUUCGAGGGCACGUGCGUGGCCAUCCCGUGCCAUUUCGACUACCCGGACGAGCUGCGCCCCUCGGUCGUGCACGGCAUCUGGUACUUCAACAGCCCCUACCCCCGGAACUACCCGCCCGUGGUGUACAAGUCGCGCACCAGCAUCGUUCACGAGAGCUUCCAGGGCCGCACCCACCUGCUGGGCGACCUCCAGGCCCGCAACUGCACCCUACAACUCAGCCGGCUCAGCCCCGAGCUGGCGGGGAAGUACUUCUUCCGCGGGGACCUGGGCGGCUACAACCAGUACACGUACUCGGAGCACAGCAACCUGGAGAUCAUCGACAAACCCACCAUCGUGCCCCCGGCUGCGGUGGUGGUGGGGACAGAGGCGGAGGUGCGGUGCGUGGUGCCGGAUAACUGCCCCACCAUGAAGCCGGUGGUGAGCUGGUUGAACCACGAGGUGCUGGAGGGACAGGCUAUCUUCGGCCAGCUGGAGGAGGAGAGCGGCACCUGGAGCCAGGUGUCCCUGCUCAAGUUCCAGCCCUCGCGGGAGAACAACGGGCUCGAGCUGGGCUGCCAGGUCACCUACACCAACACCACCUUCCUUUUCGAGGCCUUCGCCACCUUGGACGUCAAGUACGUGCCCCGGAUCCUGCAGGUGAACUCGUCCCUGGAGAUCACGGAGGGCUCGCACGUGGUGCUGCUGUGCGUGGCGGACAGCAACCCCAUGGCCUUGCUGGCGUGGUUCAAGGAGGAGGCCGUGCUGCGGGAGGAGCCGUCCACCAACUUGACGCUGGAGCUGGACAACGUCACCCAUGCACACGACGGGAUCUACGUCUGCGUGGCCGAGAACGUGUACGGGCGGGUGAACCGCUCCCUGGCCCUCACCGUCAUGUAUGCCCCACGGAAGCCAUCGGUGAACUCCUCGGUGGUGGCGGUGGAGGGGGAGCCGGUGACUAUCCUGUGCACCACUGAGAGCAACCCCGAGCCCAUCAUCACCAUCUUCAAGGAAAAGCAGAUCGUGGCCACGGUGGUCUACGAGAGCGAGCUGCUGCUGGAGAUCCCCGCCGUGACCCACGAGGACGACGGGGAGUACUGGUGUGUGGCGGAGAACCAGUACGGCCAGCGCGGCUCCGCCUUCAACCUCACCGUGGAGUUCGCUCCCAUAAUCCUCAUGGAGUCGAAGUGCACGGCGGCUCGGGACACGGUGCAGUGCGUUUGCGCCGUGCUGGCCAAUCCAGAGCCCGUGAUCUCCUUCGAGCUGCCCACCCGGAACGUGACGGUCAACGAGACUGACCAGGAGUUCGUCUAUUCCCAGAAGACGGGCUACACGGUCACCAGCAUCCUGACGCUGCGCGGGGAGCCAGACUCGCAGCUCUUCAUUGUCUGCUCCGCCCGCAACCUGUAUGGCACCAAGAACCAGCAGCUCCAGUUCCACCACUCCAACAAUCUGAUGUGGGCGAAGGUGGGGCCGGUGGGCGCCGUGGUGGCCUUUGCGAUUCUCAUCGCCGCCGUGUGUUACGUGAGUCAGACGCGGAAAAAGAAAAACGUGAAUGAAAACUCCAGUUUUGUGCAGCUGGAGCACCCGCCCGUGGCAUACAGCGGCGAGUACCGGCCCCCGGGAGCCCUGGACAAAUCCGAGUACGAGCGGCGCCUGGCCUCCGACAAACGCCUCCUGAACAAGCCCGAGGGCUCCCUGGACCUGAACGUGGACUACGCCAACAUCGACUUCACCAAACUGCCCACCAAGGACAGCUACACCCUGACGGAGGAGCUGGCGGAGUAUGCAGAGAUCCGCGUCAAGUGAGCGCCCCCUACCCCCCACAGUGACCCACGCUCUGCCACGGAAACCACGCCCGCUGGAAUCAGGACCUGUCUGUGCCCCCAAAUCACCAGGCACGCCCCCGCCACGGAAACCCUGCCUACCGGGAUCAACCCCAUGCAGAGUGCAGGUCCUGCCCCGCCCACUAAUGGCAGGACACGCCCCCUGCCAUGGAAGCCCCACCCACUGCAAUCAGGACCUUCGACUGAAUGCAGCUGGGAGAGGGGCUGUCUCUUGCUGUGUGUCUGGGCAACUUCUGGGGCAACAGGGCCCUGAUCUCAGCUAGGGCAGGGACUGUCUCUUGCUGCGUGUCUGGGCAGCGCCUCAUAUCCUGAUGCCCCUUCUUUGACAGCCCUAUGGCUGGUUAUGUGGGUCUGGCCCUGCACAGGGACUCAGGAGACCUGCGGUUUAAAUCCCACCUAUGCUACAGAUUUUGUGCUACCUUGAGGUAUGUCCUAACCUCGCUGUGUGCCUCAGUUUCCCCACAAUCUCUUAAUUUCUCCUGUGCACAAUGUGGCUCAUAAUUCCCUCCCACCCCAGGCUUUUGUGUGGCUAAAUUUGGCACCGAUUGGGAGGCUCAACCAAAGCCCUGUUAAUUACCCCAUUGAGCUAUCUCUAUAAGACCCAUGCAAGUACCUGCCUAGAUAGCCCUGGCGGACCCUAUAUAAAACGGGCCUGGGGGAUCCUCCCUAAACCCAUCCAGGCCUUGUUCUAAUUCCCCCAAUCUGUCUUUCCACGUGCCGAAGGAACAACAUCGUUUUUCUGUCUAUGGUAUACAGCUGCUUAGACCAGCACAGCCAUCCCCAGCCAGGAAGGGGAAUACACUGGACUGGGCUAAAACCCUGUCCCACUGGGAUAACGGCCCCCACAGCUGUGCUGGUAUAGACAGAUCAGCCCUGUCCUACUGGUAUAACUAGACCAGUAGAAAAUCACACAUCUAAUUGACAUCGUUCUUCCGAGGGGAAAUCUCUGGGUGGCUCAGAUGUAUAUCAGGAGCCCCAAAACCCCCACAGCUGUAAUCUUUGUUUCCCACUGGGAUAAACAGGUGCUCACGUUCUGGGUCCGACCCCCUGGAAUUCUAUGAUCCGUCAGCACCAGCUGUCCUGGGGGAAAUUUAUAACAAAUCGUCAUUUAUUUUUGGUGUCAUUUUUGUACAGAUAUUUGCCUGAUGAUAGACAACGAAAUAAAUAAAAAGCCCAGACUAACAAGGUCAAAACUCUCUAACCAGCACUUAAUUCUGCCCAGAGACCUCCCCCUAACCCUGUUAACCCUUCCAGGCCCCCGGAUCUAGGCUCUAUUUAUUGAUUAGCUGGAUGUGACGUGAUGAGAUGUAAAAUAAAACACGGCGCUUGAGGCUCUGGUAUAA